UAAUCAGGAAUAAUGAAACUCAGGUUUCACUUGCAAGCAUCACCAAAGAGAUACAAUCUCCUCAGUGGGAAGCUGUGAAUCUAAUAAUUUUUGCGAACUUAGUGAAUAAAAUCGACGCUCUACCUUAUCGCACCGAUACAGAGCAUCGAGGAAUGAUUCUAGAGUUGACUUCUUGGUGCAGCACUUACACCGGACUCACGAAAUCCCUGACGUGAGCACUAUCACUCUCAUUAUUUCCCCUUUGCAUCAAACUUCAAUUGGAUGACAUUUCAAAGUGUUUAAAAGUUGUAAAGGAACAUGACACUUUUCAACAAAGCCGAUUGGCACUCUCCAGCACCGUUCUGGCAAAAUGGACCAUCGCCCGGUGCAUUUUAUCAUUUCCCCGGUGGCCAGUCGCAAUCUGAGGUUGGCGGAUUCCAGAGAUCACAAGCACCAAUGACAACAGGAACAUCUGUUAUUGGAGUUCAAUUUAAGGAUGGUGUCCUCGUAGCUGCUGAUAUACUUGGAUCUUAUGGAUCACUAGCUAGAUUCAGGAAUCUUGAACGUGUGAUAAAAGUUAAUGAUAACAUUAUCCUUGGCGCAGGAGGAGAUUAUGCUGAUUAUCAGUACUUGAAAAGCAGCAUAGAAAGAAAAAUUAAUGAAGAACAGUGCCUAGAUGAUGGUUUAGCCUUAAAACCAAAAGCUCUACAUUGCUGGUUGACUCGUAUAUUAUACAACAGAAGGUCACAUUUUGACCCGUUUUGGAACAAUUUUAUCAUUGGCGGCAUAGAGGGUGACAAAUUGUUUUUGGGUACUGUCGAUAAACUUGGCACAGCUUACAACGAUCCAGUGAUCGCUACUGGAUAUGGUGCAUACAUGGCAACGCCAAUUUUGCGUAAAGCGUACGAAGAUAAUAAAGAAAUGAGCAAAGAGCAAGCGAUCGAGCUCUUGUAUAAAGUGAUGCAAGUACUUUAUUACAGGGACGCUCGUUCUUUCCCAAGAUAUCAACUCGGUAUAAUAACGAAAGACGGCGGCAUUGAAAUACAGGGGCCAAUAACUUUAGACAGUUACUGGGAACCUGCAAUUAUGUAAACGUAAAUGUGAUAAAAUUUUUUUUCAUAAUAAAAUAACACACAAUUUAAUUGUA